AUGAACCACCCAGAGUGGGUGGGGGUUCUGCUGAGGGAGAUGUGGGGCAUGGGCCAGAUGUUGAAGGAGGACUUUUCUCCAGCUGGUGAGAAGCCCUCCCCCUGUCCUAAAGAGGGAGAGUCAGAUGGUGCUGCAGUGGAACCCGUAGAUGUUGUAUCUGUCCAGGUUCCAGCUGGAUCACAGGGGCAGCCACAGCCAGCAGCAGUUGCCCCUGUGGAAACUAGAAAAUCUAAGAUUAAAACGAGGCACCUAGAUAAUGGGGAUCAGCCAGGAGGGUCCUCACAACCAGCAAGGGAGCCAGAGGUUGAGAUCGUCACCGAGUCCCUCUCAUACGAUAGUCUCAGUAACCUGCGUAAAGACAUUGCACGGCGGGGCCGUGAGCCUUUUACAACUUGGUUACUCCGGGUCUGGGACCUUACAGGAACAGGUGUACAACUGGAUGGAACUGAGGCCAGGAAUUUGGGAUCCUUGGCCCAGGAUUCAGGUGUGGACCACAUAUUCCUAAGAGAACAAGGCCUCCUUUCCCUCUGGCACCAGCUUUUAAUGAGUGUGAGAGAGAGGUUUGUCCACAAAGAGAGCAUGCAGGAGCACCACCGUAGAAUGUGCUGGAAGACCCUUGAGGAAGGGAUCCAGCAGCUGAGAGAAGUGGCAAUAUUAGAGGUACACUUUGGGAGGGAUGGACAGCAUGACAAUGACCCUGACAAGGUCAGGUGCACAGGCCAGAUGUUGUGGAAUUUGGCAACCCUGGGGCCAUCUCAAUAUACCACCUUCAUUGCAAUGAUCAAUGCUGAUAACCACUAAGAGACAGUGGGUUCUGUUGCCAACAAACUCAGAAAUUUUGAGAGCAUGAUGAAUGGCCCAAUGCAGGCCAAUGUCUCUGCUGUGGCCAGGGACCUCCAAGAGGUCCAAGAUAGGAUGAGGGAUAUGAGGGAAGAGAUGAGGGAGGAGAUAAGGAAGAUAAGUGCAGCACCACUGCGAGUCAUAGGCCCCAAAUCUAGGACCCGGUGCCCCCCAGCUAGGGAGAGAGGGUACACCCCACGAGCUGAUCUAUGAUUCUUCCUGCGAGACCAUGAGGAAGACAUGGAAAAAUGGGAUGGGAAACCCACUUCUGUCCUGGUAGCACGGGUGUGUCAACUCAGGGAGGGAAAUGCUAACCGAGGGAGCUGCGCUAAAAUGAAGGUAGCCUCAACCUCCCAUGGUAAAGUGCAGGGUAUUACAGAAGGGAGGAUGAUCUGUCAGAUCCCCUGGAAGGACCCUCCACUAUGUAUGCCCAAGAAAGAAAUAAUAACCAGGGCUAGAUAGACCCUGCCUCUAGCCAGGGAAAGGCAUGGGAUAGCAGGAUCUAUUGGAUAGUGUGGGUGCAAUGGCCUGGCACAUUCAAGCCACAGAAACAUAAAGUGCUAGUUGAUACUGGUUCACAAUGCACCCUGAUACCAUCAGAACAUAUGGGGAAGGUACCUGUUUCCAUUGUUGGGGUGAUGGGGGGAUCAACGGAAUGCACUUUGCUGGAAGCUGAGAUUUGCCUCACAGGGAAGGGGUGGCAGAAACACCCUAUUGUAAGUGGCCCACUGGCACCACGCAUUCUAGGCAUAGACUUCCUCAGAAACAGCUACUACAAAGACCCAAAGGGGUUCAGGUAGGCUUUUGGAAUAGCUGCUGUAGCAGCAGAGAGCGUUAAGCAAUUGAACACCUUGCCUGGACUAUCAGAAAACCCAUCUGCAGUAGGACUCCUGAAAGUGACAGAGCAGCAGGUACCAAUUGCCACCAGGACAGUGCACUGCUGGCAGUACCGGACAAAUCGAGAUGCUGUGAUCCCCAUCCACAAGAUGAUCCGUGAGCUGGAGAGCCAAGGGGUGGUCAGCAAAAUCCACUCACCCUUCAACAGCCCCUUCUGGCCUGU